GUCCAGCAGUCGGACAACAGCGCCCUAGCCAAGGACGUGCGCAAGGAGAUGCAGCAGCUGUCAGGGAAGCUGCUCAAAACGAAGAUAAGGAGGGAGAGGGGCGAGAUCCAGAGGGAUCUGCGGCGGCUGGGCAAGGAGGAGCGGCAGCGGCAGCAGCGAGCAGUGGAGGACGUGCUGAAAGACUCCAACGUUGUGCUCACCACUCUCACAGGCUGCUUGUCACGGCACCUUGAGCCCCUGACAUUCGACCUGGUGGUGAUAGACGAGGCAGCACAGGCCUUGGAGGUGUCGUGCUGGGCAGCCGUGCUGAAAGCCCCGCGCUGCAUCCUGUCAGGCGACCACCUGCAGCUGCCACCCACCGUGCAGUGCGACGAGGCUCAGAAGCGCGGCCUUGGGGUCACCCUCUUUGAGCGUCUGCACCGCCUGUACGGGGACCGCAUCACAUCCAUGCUCACCGUUCAGUACCGCAUGCACCAGGACAUCAUGUGCUGGGCGUCUGAUGAGCUGUACCAAUCGCUUCUCUCCGCUCAUGAUUCAGUCGCCAGGCACGGGCUUCCGGACCUGCCAGGGGUGGCUUCCGGGCCUGUCACGGAGGCUCGGCUGGUGCUUGUGGAUACGACGGGGUGUGAUGAUGUGGAGGAGCAAAGGGAGGAAGAGGGGGAGAGUCUGCGAAAUGAGGGGGAGGCGAGGGUGGUGGUGGCGCAUGUGAAGAGGUUGCUGGAGGCUGGGGUGGAUGCGGGGGACAUAGGGAUUGUCACACCAUACAGUGCACAGGUGGGCCUACUCAAGUCAUUCAGAGAGGAUUCUCGGCAGCUGGCUAGAGUGGAGAUCAGCACGGUUGAUGGGUUUCAGGGGAGGGAGAAGGAGGCCCUUAUCAUCUCCAUGGUCCGCUCCAAUGACACUGGAGAGGUUGGCUUCUUGGCUGAUGAGCGGAGAAUGAAUGUUGCUGUCACAAGAGCCCGCCGACAGUGCUGCAUUGUGUGCAACUGCGACACAGUGAACAAUAACCCAUUUCUACAAAGGAUGGUUACGUACUUCGAAGAGCAUGGGGAGUUGCUUAGUGCAAUGGAGAGCACUGCUGCAAGAGAAAGUAACCAAGAGCUGAGGAAGGCUGCGCCACUGACCCGAGCAAACACAUCAUUUCCUAAUCAGACAAACAGCAGAUAUUCAGGAAUUAAAUCAACAAAUUCAAGCAACCGCGGAUUCAUUGACUUGCCUCCGGGAUUGUGUUGGAGCUCCUCCAUCCAUGGCGGCUCGAGGAUCUCAUUGAACGAAACUGGAAACUCCAAUCAAGAAAGUUUGUCUCAUGGAAAGAAUGCCAUUCGUCCUGGUGGCGUGAUGAUCUAUGGAGAUGGCUGCAAACAAUGCCAUGUUGGCCAAACUUGCUCUCUCUACAUCGCGGUGCAAUCACCAGCACGCUGGAUCCCUGCUUCUGCAUCUUCCUCCCUUCAAUGGGACAUGAUGGUUACGCUCAAAGGGCCUUCCCUGAUUCAUGUGCAUCUGACAACAGUGACAGCUGAUUCUCCAGGACAGUCGGUAUUUCUUGCCUCCUAUACUCCAUGGGACGCUGGUAAUUACAGCAUGGAAUUCCGUGUCGAUGGCUUCAAUUUGAACUACACCAAAGAUUGGAACCGUUUAGGACAACACGUUUUUGCACAAAUACCUGUUUCGGUGCUUAAAGGAAGCCAGCCACGUGAUUGGCUGGAGCAACCCCAACUCGACGGAGCUAAUAUGGAUCUCUCAGCGGUCACGAGUCCAUGUGCACAUGGAAUUGCUGGUCGGUGGCUUGCAGGCAGUGACGCCACGAGUCAAAAUGGCUUGACCGAUCUAAACACAGCAACUGCUACCACAGAAAAGUACAGGUGGACAUUCUUCAGCUGCGCUAGUGCUGCUCCAUUGAACGACAUGCUUUGGGCAUUGUGGAAGGAGGGAGGGGUACGGGAGGUGAAUGUGAUUGGAGACUCACACAUGAGAGGGUUAAUCAUGCACCUCUGGUUCAUGCACACUGGCACGCGGCAUAAUAUGACACUGGUGAAGCAUGGUGACAUCUCUUACACCCUCAACGUCACUGCACCAGCAGCAGCAGGGGAUGUUCCAACUGGUAGCAAAGAGGUGCAGAGCGGUGUUAUUCGGGUGAAGUACAACUGGCUGGAUGGCAUAUAUGACAACAAUGUGGCAGGGUGCUCUCGCAGGGGUAAAUAUUCCAACCAUACACGCAGCUAUCCUGCACCAUCACAAACUGCAGAUGUCACAGUCGUAGGCACAGGGCACUGGACCUUCGAGUUUUGCUCUGAUGGCGCUGUGGCCUAUCCCCACUACCUCCCUCAUUUCCUCUCCUCGCUCCACCUUCUUCGACCGAAAAAGCCUGCUGUUUUCUUUGGCCUGCCUUCAUUUUGGGUGGCAAACCGAAAAUGGAUUAGGCGAACCAAUGCCAUGCUGGCGUAUGGCAAUGGGAUCGCCCAGCCUCUGACUCGGCACAUGGGUUUAUCGUUCUUUGACACCCACUCCGAUGGCCGCACUCAACGAGAGGAAACAGCAGCAACGGGCGAGGCAGCAGCAGCAGCUGGGGCAGCGGCAGCAGCUGGGGCAGCGGCAGCAGCUGGGGCAGCGGCAGGUGUCGGGAGAGGGGAGAACGGCAUGAAUGGCGUAGACAGCGGUGCUGGUGCAGGUGUAGAGAGGGGAGGAGCGAGAGCAGCCGUUGCAGCAGCGACAGGAGCAGCAGGAGGCGAUGAGGAUGGAGGCAGUGAGGAGGAGACGUCAAAUAACAGCAACGGCUCGUUUAUACGGCUUAUCCAGCACACCCACCACCAUCAGCAGCAGCAGCAGCAGCAGCAGCAGCAGCAGCAGCAGCAGCAGCAGCAGCAGCAGCAGCAGCAGCAUGGAAAGAAGCACGCGCCCGAUUCCCGGAAUGGCCACGCCGAAGAAACUUCCGCGAUUGCCUCGUCUGAUCAGGUGCAGCAGCAGGAGCAGCAGCAGCGGCGGCAGCAGGAGGAGCAGCAGGAACGGCAGGGACCCCCUGGUGACAUGGCAGGGCUCGCAGAGGGGAAGGAUCGGAGACAUGUGGACGAACGAGUGUCUCUGCAUGUCUGUGGUGGUGCCGCAGAGCUUGCAGAGGUGGCAGUGACUGGUAGUGGAUGCAGGGAGGAGGGACGAGGGCAGGAGAGGAGGGAGGCGGGUAUGAGGGAGUGGAGAGAAGGUGAGGGAGGCGAGGGGACUGAGGAGAGCAGGCGGCGAGAGAGUGAGCAGGAGGGUGCGUUGGAGGGGGGCCAACGGAGAGGAGAGGGUGGGGCGGGGGUGAGUGGCGUGACGGGGGUGAGUAGCCUGGGACGAGCACGCUCAUGCUCGCCCAUGGGACGCGGGGGAGUGGUGGUGCGAGAUAUGGGCGGGACUGGUGAGAUUGAUGCGCACAAGAGCCCUGCGCGGGCGAGGGAGGUAGACGAGUGGGUGGCCAGCUGCCUGCAGGCCGCCUUGGACCCCCUGUCUGCUGCUGCUCACCCUGCUGCUGACUCUGAGGGAACAGCAGGGGGGGUAGUAGCAGCAGCGGCUGCGGCAGCAGCAAGGGAUGGGAGUAGGGCAGGAGUGCGUGCUGCUGCGUUGCAACUCCCUGGUGUGCGGGGUACUGGCAGUGACAGGGACUUUGAUGGGGAUGGGAGUAGGGCAGGAGUGCGUGCUGCUUUGCACCUACCUGGUGGUGUGACGGGUACUGGCAGUGACAGGGACCGAGAUGGCGAUGGCGAUGGAGGCAGCAGCAACGGCGAUGAUUUCAACGACCCUGACGAGUUCUUCUCUGUCGCAGAGUCCCUCUCUCGCAGCAGCUCCAUGCGCUCCUUUUCCCGCUCCCCUCGCUCCGUUCCCCCUGCCCUGGCAAUACGAGGCUGCCUCCUCUCCACUCCUCGCCCCUGCGCUUUGAUUCUACUCAAAAGCCAUCCCGCCCGCACUCCUCCCUGCCCCUCCCCGCUCCCCCCACCAGCCAUGGCGGGCACCGAUGCUGAAUCUCUCUCCACACCCGACCGCGGUCGUUCCAGCGGCAGUAUGAGGCUGCCUGCCCUCGACGCCUCUGCAGCUGCUGCUGCUGCCAGUGGGGGGGGCAUGGGGGGUGUGGAUCGCCCUGGUGCGGGGGGAGGGUCGCUGUUGGAGCGCACAUCGGGUUCGUCUGGCAGCGGUGGCGCGCUGCUGUCGAAGCUCUUCCGCACCUCGUCUGCCCUCAACCCCAGUGAAUCGGUGAAGCGCCUACUGAUGUGGCCACGAGCGGGUUCUCAGCUGUUUCGCUGCUCCCCCUCCGCCCGUGCUGCCACCAACUGCUGGUCGCCUGCUGACCCUUCCCUGCUGCUCGUGCGAGGCCCCACCUACCCAAGUGACGGAGCCAAGGUCGCCCCUGCCGCACCCCCUCUCUAUGAGCCCUGGGCGGCCGACGUCUUCCACACGUCCAGGAAGAUCCGCCACAUCGCCGCCCACGUGGACCUCCCAGCCGCUCUCGUGCCGCCACCUGGCAGCGAGCCGGCAGCAGCAGAGAGCAGCAACGGACUGCCGCCUGUUCUGAUCGUCAAUAUCCAGCUGCCCCUGCAGCCGCCCCCGCCACUGCUGUCGCUGCACCAGCGGGCAUGGGACGGGCCAGGCCUGAGUGUGGUGCUGUACUGCCGCCUGGGAGCGCACUGGCGUGCCCAGGCAGAGGCUCCUGCACAGAUGGAGUGUGGUGCUGUACUGCCGCCUGGGGGUGCACUGGCGGAGCCAGGCAGAUGCUCCCAUGCACAUGGGGGUGAGUGUAGUAGGGGUGGGCAGCAAGGGGCAUGGGCGCAUGCAUGGGACGGGCUGGGCCUGAGUGUGGUGCUGUACUGCCGCCUGGGGGUGCACUGGCGCACCCAGGCAGAAGCUCCUGUUGACAUGGGGUUGAGCAGAGGCAGACAGCAUGGUGUGGAUGUAUGGGCGUGGAUGUAUGAUUAUGUCCUCCGCACUCACUCUCUCUCUCCCCGCACCAUCUCGCAUCUGCUGCCGCCCCCUCCAUUCCCCCGUGUGCUGCCUGCCUCUCUCCAGCCUGUGCUGCGCACGUGUGGUCCAAGGCAAGGCGAGGGGAGGAAAGGCCCCGUGGAGGGGGGGUUAGAGGAUCCAAUGAAACGCUCGGGGCAGCACCUAGGGGCAGCGGUCACAGAGGGCGCGGAGACUGCAUGUGAUGCAGCCGCACGGAAGGAGGCAGCACAGCCUGAAGCAGCAGCACCGAAUGCGGAGCAAUCGGGCAGCAGCAGCAAGAAGACGCAACGCAGCAGCAGUGGCAGGCGCAGGGGUAGCUGGUCCAGCUACUCGUCUGCUGAUGAUGCUGGCGUGGGGGGGGACAUGGCAGCACAGGGCCACGGGGGGAACGAGCAUGGGGGGAAGGAGGAUGGGGGGAAGGUGCUCGGGGGGAAGGAGCACGGGGGGAAAUCGGAACGGUGGUCAAGGUCAGGGGGAGCAGAGGCGGAAGGGGAAGGCGGGGUGGAAAAGGUGGCUUGGAAUCGGCCGAAGCUGAUGGUGAGGCUGGUGAACGAGGGGGAGGUGGGGCUGAGUGCGGCGGGCAAGAAGCUGGUGGAGGGGUGCACUGGCAAGGCCGUGCUCACUCGCCCUUACCACACAGUUCUGCAGAAGGCACUGCUCUCCCUGCGCCCACACCUGCCAGACGCCAUCCUCGACCUUGCGCUCGUGCUGCAGGGUAAUUCGCCCCAGGAAUUGCCGGAGCCUGUGCUGACAUGUGCGCAGCAGGUGGGGGAGCGCGUAGGGGGCGCGAGGGCGCCACGUGGCGAGAACGUAGCGGGCGACUUUUACGUGGACCACACGUGCAUCAACUGCGAUGUGUGCCGUUGGAUGGCGCCUGAAGUGUUCGCCAAGGUCGGGUCGCAGUCGGCCGUGUUCGCACAACCCGGCGACGAGGCGACUACCGUCAAGGCGCUGCAGGCGCUGCUGUCGUGCCCAACGGCCUCUAUCCACUCGCGCGACUCGCUAUCGCUCGUGCCGCGCGCGCGCGACUCGUUCCCGCUGCCCAUCGACGCCUCCGCGCUGCCCGGCGUGUUCCACUGCGGCUACCAUUCGCGCAAGUCGUUCGGCGCCGCCUCCUACUUCAUCCAGCGCGCGGCGGGCAACGUGAUGGUGGACUGCCCGCGCUACUCGGAGCACUUGGCGGAGACGCUCGCGCGCAUGGGCGGCGUGCGCUACAUCGUGCUCACGCACCGCGACGACGUGGCGGACCACGCGCGGUGGGCGGCGCGGUUCAAGGCGGAGCGUGUCCUCCACGCGCUGGAGGUGCAGCCCGACACGACGGACGUAGAAAUGCUAUUGGACGGCACGGGGCCCUGGUGCCUGGGGUCGGACUUGAAGAUUAUCUUCACCCCCGGCCACACCGAGGGCUCCGUGAGUCUGCUGUAUAAGGCGCACCAAGGAGCGCUCUUCUCAGGGGACCACCUGGCGUACGCUCCAAAUACGGAAAGCCUUACUAUAUUUAAACGGGUCAACUGGUACUCGGUGCCAGUCCAAAUUCAGAGCGCCAAGAAGCUGGUGGGACUGCCCUUCCGCUGGGUGCUGCCAGGCCACGGGCGGCGGUUCCACUUCGCCAGCGACGAGCAGCGGGAUGAGAUGCUGCAGCAGGUGGUGGCGGGGGAGGAGGCGCGGCUGGGCUAG